GGUGCAGCGCACCUGCAGGCUCUGGGCUGUGCCCUCUUCUGGCCUGUGCCCUCUUCUGGCCUGGUCAGGGCGGGUAGUCGCGGGGUGGCGGGAGAGAAAACGCUCGCGUCUCUGAGUUCACCUUGCCCAGCAGUACCGCGAGCCUGGGCCAUGUGGAGCGGAUGCAUUAAUGGACACACAGUGUGCGUGAAUGAUGAAUGGGCAUAAAUGAACGGUGUUGUUAGAGAUACAGAAAGAAUUAUUAGACUACAAAGGCAUGGGCAUUAGUGUUCUUGAAAUGAGUCACAGGUCAUCAGAUUUUGCCAAGAUCAUUAACAACACAGAGAAUCUUGUGCGAGAAUUACUAGCCGUGCCAGACAACUACAAGGUGAUUUUUGUGCAAGGAGGUGGAUCCGGCCAGUUCAGUGCAGUUCCCUUGAACCUGAUUGGCUUGAAAGCAGGACGGUGUGCCGACUAUGUGGUGACAGGAGCUUGGUCAGCUAAGGCUGCAGAAGAAGCCAAGAAGUUUGGGGCUGUGAAUGUCGUCCAUCCCAAACUUGGGAGUUACACACAAAUUCCAGACCCGAGCACCUGGAGCCUCAGCCCGGACGCGUCCUAUGUGUAUUAUUGCGCAAACGAGACCGUGCACGGUGUGGAGUUUGACUUUAUACCGGACGUCAAGGGAGCAGUAUUGGUGUGCGACAUGUCCUCGAACUUCCUUUCAAAGCCAGUGGAUGUUUCCAAGUUUGGUGUGAUUUUCGCUGGUGCCCAGAAGAACAUUGGCUCUGCUGGGGUCACCGUGGUGAUCGUCCGUGAUGACCUGCUGGGAUACGCCCUGAGAGAGUGCCCCUCUGUCCUGGAGUACAAGGUGCAGGCUGGAAACAGCUCCUUGUACAACACGCCUCCGUGUUUCAGCAUCUAUGUCGUGGGCUUGGUCCUGGAGUGGAUUAAGAACAACGGAGGGGCAGCAGCCAUGGAGAAGCUGAGCUCCAUCAAAUCUCAAAUGAUUUAUGAGAUUAUUGAUAACUCUCAAGGAUUCUACGUAUGUCCCGUGGAGCCCCGGAAUAGAAGUAAGAUGAACAUUCCAUUCCGCAUUGGCAACGCCAAAGGAGAUGAGGCUUUAGAAAAGAGAUUUCUUGAUAAGGCUCUUGAGCUCAAUAUGAUCUCCCUGAAAGGACAUAGGUCGGUGGGAGGCAUCCGGGCCUCUCUGUAUAAUGCCGUCACGAUUGAAGACGUUCAGAAGCUGGCCGCAUUCAUGAAAAAUUUUUUAGAGAUGCACCAGCUAUAAACAUACCCUAACCAGUGUGUACUCUGGCCUUGAACAACGUACAAAAUUUAAAGUUACUUGGGAAUGGCUACCAAAAGCUAACAAACAUGGUAUUUUUCUCAGAUGAAAAUGCUCAUAGAUUCUUCAUGUUUUUCAAAGGGCAACAGCAAAACAUCUACACCUCUGCAAAGCUGAUGGGACCUAAUGGCUGCCUUAAUUUUGACUUAAACUGGAAGCAUUUUUAAAGUCUUCCUGUUGCUUUUCUAGUGAAUUCAAGCUUAUUUUAUCUUGGCUGUUGCUUUUUCUGGCUGGAUCUCAGUAUUCAAACGUACCUGUGGAUGUAAUUAUGCGAGUUGCAAUUAGGUAUUUCUGGUGUCAGGGGAACACAUAGAAUGGGAGUGGGGUGUGUAGUGGGGGUCCUCCAGGUGCUGAAUAGGGUCCCGUGGAUUCCUCAGCUGUUGAUUAAGGUUAAUGUUGACCAUUUGGUGAACGUUUCGGAGUCCUAGGCAAACGGGAAAACUGUAGAUCUUUCUUUGUACUGUUACUUUCAUAAAGAGAUAAAAGUGACAGAUAUAUGUUUAUAUAGCAAGGUCUGUUUUUAAUACCACAUAGUUUAUACCUGUAUGCUUUUAUAUUUCUAAUAAUACGGUGCUUAGU